AAUAAAAAAGUUGUGAUUUUUGCCUGGAAAGAACGAAAAGUGUUUUCCCUUUAGCUUCUCUGUAAAUAUAAUUUUUGCUUUCACCAUGGCAGAGGCUGAGUCAAAUCCCUUCGCCGCAUUAUUAAACGAGUCAGAAAAGGAAAGUGGUUUCAAUCAGGAGCUGCUAGAGCGUAUUCUACUCUUUACAUUGCGUAAAGGUGCAACAUCCAGUGCUUCGAAUGGACGCACACUAAUUUCCAUGGCUGAUACAAUAGUAACCAUGGACGAUGAGUCGACAGUAAAUGAGGAUUUACUUGGCCAUGCUAUCUUUGAGCGGUUGAUGCUCAACAACCCUCAUGAAUAUCUGGUGGCGCCCAGAGGAGGCGUCGCAGAUGAUGAAGCUACUGAAACUCGGGCGAUUUGUUACCUACACCGUGCAUUCAUGGCAUGCGAACAAGCGAAGUCGGAAUUACCUGAACAAAAAGAUGAUUGUGAAAAAAUACGAAAUAUUAUACUCAUUAACGCGAGUACUUGUACACGCCAGCCAGAAUUAUUUUCAAACCAAAAUUUGUCUGCUCAGUGGUUAGAUGUAAUGGAACACUCUCAUUCAAGUGAUGUGACAACGCAAGACUUUUUUGUACAAACAGUGAUAAAAGUAAUUGCUGAAGAUGAUCAAAUUGAAGCGCUGGGAGCUUUAAAAGCGAUAUUUUAUCCAAUGUUGGCUGAAGUACAAAAACAGUUAACUAAUGUUAGCCUCAUAACAAUUAAAAAGAUCACUUUCUGGAUCUUGGGUUUCUUUGUGCGAGACAAGCGUGUGCCUCAGUUAGGAGAAGUGUUCAUCGAUUAUACCACACCCAAUCCGAAUGCCAAAGGUAGUGAGUAUAUGGAUACAUUGCUGGGCCAAUUGCUUUGUCUGUCAAUUAUGCCUAAAAAAUCAAAUGGACCUUAUGAAUUCUUUGGAGAAAUUAGUUUGGAGACUCAGCACUCUGACCCAUCGCUGUGGCAACUUAUGGCCAUACAUCAGGACUCAAUUUUUAAUCUCAUCAAACAAUUAUUAGUUUUAAGCCCAACCACCAAAAAAAAAACUUUACAAUGGAUUUCUAAUUGUUUGCAUGCAAAUACAUCGCGAGGCCAUUUAUGGAGCAAUAUUAACUUACCCUUUGAGCAGGUAGUUAAUCAAAAUGCUAGUGACUCGUUUAUGAUUGGCUUAACAGCUGUGCUGCUGCGGCUUUGUACUCCAUUGUGUGAGCCCACCAUGAAGGUUUUACUUGUAGAUCCAACUUAUUGUGCUGUAGCAGACGAGGAUCGUGCAGUGAAACAAGUGAGCAUGCUGAAAGCCACAGAGGAGACCUGUUUGUUGCCCACUGAGGAGAAUGAAACACGUGUCGUUGGUGAAAAAUUCAAUUUCGUUACGGAAUUGUUCUACAUGACACACAAAGCAUUCGAGCUUGGUUACCGCGCAUGCAUUGAACGCUAUUCUCGCAUGACUCGUGAGUUGCAUAAUUUACAAACUGCCUAUCACGAUGUCGCUCAAAGCGAUCCCAACAAUGAUUUAGCUAAAACUAUGUUGCGUAUGCUUAAAGAACAAAUGCAGCAAUACCUGUGCAUGCGCAAUGGUCUAAUGGAACCCAAAAAUGACACACACAUACUUAAGUUCUUCGAAGCCUCUGCCAUUUGGCUGACAGAAAUCACCUUGGUUACAGAGGAGGAAUUUAAGGCUGCCAUGUCUAAGCUAGACUUUGCGCCGCACUCAUGCAAGCAACGUCCCAUACCCGACAAAUGUGAAUUCGUACCGCCAUAUUUGAAGUCAGUACCAGAGAAUGUUAUCGACAAUAUAGUUGCGUAUUUAAGUUUUAGCCGACAUUUCCCGCCCGGUCAAUUCAUCGAGCUUUAUCAUUCAUCACAUGAUGCUCUAUUUAAGAUGAUAGUUUUAUUUAUGGGUAGCGCAGAGCUUGUUAAAAAUCCACAUCUACGUGCCAAAUUAGCUGAGGCGCUGGAGUUUCUGUUGCCCAAACAAAUUUCUGGAAGUAUGCGUAGUUCAUUUAUAACACAUGUGUUCGACAAUAAUGUGGAUCGUUUGAAGGUGGUGCGCAGUUUGUUGAAUGUUUUUGUAAGCAUCGAAAUGACCGGUCAAUCGGUGCAAUUCGAACAAAAAUUCAAUUAUCGUCGUCCCAUGUAUGCUAUUAUGGAGUACUUAUGGACCAAAGAGGAACACAUACAAUGUUUUAAGACAUUAGCUUUAGAAGCAGAGCAAAAUAUGGAGGCUAUUGAACCGCCACUAUUUCUCAGAUUCAUUAAUUUGCUAAUUAAUGAUGCUAUAUUCUUGUUAGACGAAUCACUUUCAAAUUUGGAGCAAAUACGGCAACUACAAGAGGCGCAAGGUCGUGGAGAUUGGGAUGCACUCUCACAAAACGACCGCCAACAGCAGUUGUCUAGUCUACAUCACUUAGGCAUGAUGGCGCGGAUUGACAAUAUACUCGGUCGCGAUACCAUUAACAUACUAAAGCUGCUUACAACGGAAAUCAAAAGCAUUUUUUGCCACAAUAGCAUGGUCGAUCGUAUUGCCGCCAUGUUGAACUAUUUCCUUUUGAAUUUGGUUGGUCCGCAAAAGGAGCGUUUCAAGGUAAAGGAUAAGAAGGAAUUUGAAUUUGAUCCAGCGCAAACGGUGUUAGAAAUCUGUCGUAUCUACAUCAAUCUUAGUAGCAGCGAUCAAUUUUGUUUAGCCGUUUCGCAAGAUGGCCGCUCAUACAGCUCCCAGUUAUUCACCUAUGCUGAAAAUAUACUCAUACGUAUUGGCGGCGGGCAACUGAUUGGCGAAAUAACUGACUUUGCGGCCAAAGUACAACGUAUGGAAGUACAGUACCGUGAAGAGCAAGAAUUCUUGGCUGAUGCACCGGAUGAAUAUCUGGAUCCAAUUAUGUUGACGUUAAUGAACGAUCCGGUAAUACUGCCCAGUUCAAAAGUGACAGUGGAUAGAUCGACAAUCGCACGUCACCUGCUCAGUGAUCAAACUGAUCCUUUCAAUCGCGCUCCCCUCACAAUGGACAAGGUGCUACCAAAUAAUGAACUAAAGCAGGAGAUCGAGAAAUGGAUAGCAGAAAAACGCAGCGGUGCACGCGUGUCGAAAAGUUGAAGAUGUGCGCAGCGUAUAAAAUAGCCAAAGACGUUAGUAUUUGUAAGAGGCGCAAUAAAAUCUAUUGGUAUGUUUACUGCUGGAAAAGUAGCUGUAUCUGCGAUAUGACGAUACAAGAAAUAAAUAUUUAUGUAUAUAUUCUAUAUAUACAAACGAUAAAUUAGUGAGACCUGACAAUUUUGUCGUACCAAAAGCUUCACAUUCCACUGGAAAAAGUUUUUUGUUAAUUAAAAUUUUAAUUGAAAGUAUGAAAAAUAAAAUAAAUAUAUUUUAAAGGUUAUAAA